AUGCCAGCUCCUGCAAUAAAAAUCGCUGUUGUUGGUCCACUCGGUUGUGGUAAAAGUGCGUUCAUCAACUUGGCGACUGAAACACGUGAAACUGUCACCGAUAGUUACAUUCCAACGGUACCUGUUCGAAUCAUCGAAUAUGAAUUACCGUCAUCCACGCGAAGUAAAUCUCAAACACACAAUGUACAAAUCUUUGACUGCAGUGGCGAUUCGAAGUUUGAACAUACGUGGGCAGCUAUGAGCUAUAAAUUGAAUGGAACAAUCUUUGUGUACAACCCUGAAGACAAGAAACAUGCUGAGGAACUCAAUCUUUGGUACAAUAACUUUGUAGAAAAGCCGAAUUUGACAGAGAAAUGUUGUCUACUUGUCGCUUCGAAGAGAAAAGACGACGAAGAAGGCGGAGGUCGACGUGCUCACGAAGCAAAGCUCUCAACACUGUUUUCCGACAUUCCUCGUGUGACAUUCAACGGUACGACGGAUGAGCUCGAAACAAUCAAACAAAAAUUCGGCGAUUUCCUUCGCAAAGUCGUUGCAGAAACCUCAUCUCGCGCACAUGAUCAAGAGGAUCGAUAUUCAUAG